CUCUCCUGUGCGGACCAGCCCCCGCAGCCAUCCUCCCGUGCGCCAGCCAGCGGGGCGGCGUGGCCGUGCGUCUAACCCCCGCGGAGAAAUGGACCUUGCAUCACAAAGUGUGGUAGCACAACAACAAAAACCAACUGGACGAAGACCAGUUGGGAGCUCACAAAUCUGGACGCGGUAUGGUGUUCUGCUUCCCAGCCAGCAGACACGGAAGCUAAAAGAAUGGGUUCUAACUGACGAACAGCAACAACUAGUUAAUGCUAGUGGUCUUGGACAUCUUGCUCUCACCACAGGAUUUACUAUUGAUCGUUCUUUGCUUACAGCCUUUUGUGAGAGAUGGAACAAUGAGACAAAUACUGCACAUUUCAUGGGAUUUGAAAUGGCCCCAUCACUCCGUGAUGUUUCAUAUAUUCUUGGAAUUCCAGUGACUGGUCAUGUGGUGACCGCUGAGCCAAUUGGUGAUGAAGCUGUGAGGCGGAUGUGUUUGCAUUACUUAGGAGAGAGCCCUGGAAAUGGAGAGCAACUAUGUGGCUUAAUCAGAUUGACAUGGUUGUACAGGAAGUUUCAUCAAUUGCCAGAAAAUCCAACCAUCAAUGAGAUUGCAUAUAGCACCCGAGCAUACCUUCUUUACCUUGUUGGCUCCACCUUAUUUCCUGACACAAUGAGGGGAUUUGUAUCACCAAGAUAUUUACCUCUUCUGGCAGAUUUUAGGAAGAUACGGGAAUAUGCCUGGGGGUCUGCGGCCCUUGCUCAUUUGUACAGAGGACUAUCUGUUGCUGUAACGCCGAAUGCUACUACUCAGUUUCUUGGCAGUGCAACUUUGCUCAUGGCUUGGAUUUAUGAAUAUCUUCCAUUAACUCAACCCCAACAAAAGAAUCAGAACACCCUGCUGCCCCGGGCCUGUCGAUGGAAUUUUGGAGGAGCAACACGUGGACAGAGAAAGAAAGUUAUGGAAUGGAGAAAAGUUUUCGAGCAGCUUCAAUUUUCUGAUGUCAACUGGAAUCCUUACAAGGACAUGAAUCCAGCAAUUAUUCCAGAAUAUUGCAUCGCAGCAGAUAACAUCUGCUAUUCUCGGACAUGGCUAAUCAGCUUUAACAUAAAAGAGGUGUAUGUACCUGACCGGUUUGCUAGGCAGUUUGGCAGGGAACAAGGUCGCCUCCAUGGGGUGCCCAUGUGGGCAAGAAGAACUUGGAGCAAGUGGAAGGAUUGGAGGGUUGAGUAUGCUCGUGAAAUCGAGGAGUUUCAUCAAUUGGUUGGCUGUCGUUUCACUCCUGCAGAAACCAAUAUCAACUCCCUUCCAAAUGAGUCUAUAACUGGACAAGAUGCUACAGAAUACAGUCGGAGUACCUCUCAAAACUUCUCUUCAAUGGUUGAAGAUCUGAAGAAUGAUCUUCCCGUGAUCGAUCGUUACCUGGAGGGACAGUUACUCCCUGUGGAAGUCGCAAGCUUUCUAGAAAGGGUGGGUAUGAUGAUCAAGAGUUACUCCCCAUCACAGAGUAGUCGAAGGAAAGAUCAAGCAGCCCAGGGCCAGAAUGGCAAUGUCAGGUCGAAGAACCCAAGAAAGCGGGGGAGACCAUCAUUCUUUCAAGAUCCUUCAAGCUCUCCAAGUUCAAGGACGGACCGAUUUCCGGGCAUCCUGAUACCUUAUCAAGAUAGCAAGUGCGACAUGGUGCUGGAUGGCACCGUCCCUCCGUUAAGCGGAGCGGAGGAGUUCAAGGAACAAGGUGUCAUGAAUCUCUGGCAAAACUCCCACCUGACAACGCCAUCCUGUUCCUCUCUGGACUCAAGCUCACCAGAAUCAAGGAAGCGGAGGCAACAAGACCGCGACGAAAUCCGGCUUCCCAGGGACGCGGAGAACCUCCGAAGGAGUGGACGGCUCUGUGUGCAGCUGAAAAUGUUCAAGCAUAGGGACGGAGUGGGAGCCGAGGCAACCAACCCGAUCUUCCUCUGAUCUGCCCCCCCUACUCUGAUUUGUACAAAGUAGCAGAAAACCUGAGCUGCUGACAGUUAGCUUGCUUAUGUAGCGUCGUAGACUUUUGCUGGUAGCUCCUUGCCACUCGCUGGCCAGAGCUUGCAAAGCUUAUUAAUCUCCCUGUUUAUAUAUCUCCACUUCUCCAGCCUGUAAUGCAAAUGUAGAUGCCCCAAGACCCCAGCUGUGUUGCUGGGUGAUGCCCGUUAGUCUGCAGCUUUUGCAACAUGGUGAUUGAUGUAUGAUGCU